AGAGUAUGGGUGAUUCUCAAAAGAAAUGAUACAUCCAAGAGAUUUGCUAAGGGCCGACUCUAACGGGGUGGAAGUGGAAUUUUCGGCCCCAGUGGACGCGGCCAAGUCCACCGAGCAAGUGGACUGCGGCUGGACUUUUUUUCCAAGAUUCAACAAGUAUCUGGACAGAUUCGCUACGCCGAACAUUUUUGUGUUGGUUUUGAGUAUCAACGGUUUUUUUCACGGAUUAGUUUUGACAUACUUUAGAAGUACAUCGCAGGUGUGGGGCAAACAUUACAAUAUUGAAUCGCAAACUGUCGGAUGGGUGAUUUAUGUUAAUGAAUUUUUGGUCGGAGUUUUUGCCCUUUUUGUGGCCUACUAUGGAAACAAAACUCAUAGGCCGAAAUGGAUUGGAGUUUCCACGAUAUUCUUGGCUGUGGCGGGAUUUUUAAUUGCUGCACCUGAAAUAUACAAACCAUAUCGAAAUGAGGAAGUUGAUUUGGAUACUUUAAAAGGCCCUUCCUUAUGCCAACCUCUAUUGUACAGAAACAUUAACGAUGCCAUAAAACCAGAGCUACAUAUCAUAGCUUUUGUACUUGUUAUAGUUUUUUUAAUAGUGUUCUCUGUAACAAGCAUAUCGUUUUUAUGCCAUGGUAUUUCCUAUAUAGAUGAUAACAUAUCAAAAAAACACAGCCCUGGAUUGAUAGGGGCUGCUUUAGCAGGAUUUGAAUUUGGAAAAUAUUUGGGAACUUAUUUUUCAUGGGUGCCAACGUAUACAAGUGGCCAACAGAAUGUUUUUUUUGGUUCUGUUUGGUUGGUCAUAAUAUUCCUUACUUUUAUAUCUGGAUCCAUAAUGACCUUAUUCCCCAUAAUUCUUCCUAAUUUAUUAAUGAAAAAGUUAUCGGCCUCAAUAUGCACUUUAGCUUCAGGAUAUGAGAUUGAAGCUGUUACAAUAUCAGAGGAUGGCCUAUUCACAACAUUGUUUAGAUUGUUAAAAAAUGGAACUUACAUUGUAAAUAUUCUGGCGAAUAUAGUUCUGCAGUCAGUUUUAAUAAACUUUGAGACUUUCGAGGACUUUUACAACCAAUCAAAAUUCCUGCUACCAAACAAACAGGACACAUCCGGUUAUAGUGAUCCCUUAAUAAUGCAGUACACGACAAACUUACUCAAAGAACCUUUCAUUUGCUGCUGUUUAAUAACUUCUGGAUUAAUUAUUACCAAAUCCAAACCCAGAGCCAAAACUCUAACCAUAUGGAAUAUUGUGAUUAUGGUUGUUUUUAUUUUAUCAUUUGCAAGCACGAAAUUCAUAUCUUGCAAUAGGAGUUUAUACAGCGAGCUAGAUGGCGUCAUCAGCAUUCCAUACUGCAGUGCAAGAUGCCAUUGCUCUAACGCGGAGUUGUUUAAUCCUGUAUGUCUGGGAGAUAAGACAUUUUUUUCUCCAUGCUUGGCAGGAUGCACGACAAAAUCCAACACAAGCGGUAAUGCAGUGGAAUAUACUGAUUGUAGAUGUGGCAACGGUGUAAAGGCUACCGAAGGUCCUUGCAUUAGGGACAAUUGUAAUGUUUUGUUUGCUGUAUCGCAAGUUAAUGGUAUUAUAACGACGGGAUUACUAGCUACUAUUAUGGUGACAAACUUAAUAAUUAUUUUAAGAUGUGUACCUGCAAAGGAUAAAGCCACAGCUAUAGGUUUUCAGUCCGCUUUACUAGGAAUUAUACCGUAUUUACCUGUAAGGAUUAUUUACAUAAAUAUCCUUGAUUUGUUUUGUAAAUUUCGUAAUGAAGAAACGGGUGAAUGCCGCUAUUAUUCUACUUAUUUAGCAAACUUUUUGGCUUCUUCCACAGUGGUUGGAGUAAUUAUUUCUAUUAUUCUCACAGCUAUACUUGUAUUACUGAUUAAGGAUUUAGAAUUGUAUAAAAAAACAAAUGUUAAAGGUGAAGUAAAUGAAGACUCAGCAGCCGAAGUUGACCAAUUUAUUCAAAGAAGUAGUCAGCAGUAUUCAAAUAGAACCAAUGAUUCCUUAGGAGAAUUAGCUAACAAUGUCGGCGAUGAUCACGAUUCAGUAAUAUGUGAAACCGAUUUAUAACGCUCUCUCAUCUCCAAUAAAUUUUUGUACAAAAUAAAUA